AUGGAUGCUCUGAGAGCCAAGACCCGUUGGCUGCACCGCCGCCGGUCGCCCACGAUACCUGUAGCCCGCUCCGCCUCAGAAACUUACAACCCUGUCCGCGACAAGGCUCUCCCCAUCAGUCCACACGAUGGUCAGAUCGUGCGAGCCCGUUCAGAGGACGCAUAUGCAUCUCCGCAGCAACCGAGGCGCAUGGCAUCUGCGGUGCAGACAGGCUUGCCUCCGCUCCCCCUUGAUCAACUGAUGGACAUGCACAACGUUAACGAACCUCCACCGCCUACGCCCCCAAAGGCAUCUAUCGACUACAGUGAGGCUGGGGGCCACAAGCGGUCUACUUCCAGCACGCGCCCCACCAACAGGGUCAUCCUCUCUCCCACGAUUACUAUGAGCCCCCAGGAGCGCGCGCGACGGAGGAUGGAGGCGCAGAUGAGGCAGCGGCGGGAGGAGGAAGAAGCGCUACGCCAAGAAGAGGCGCGGCAGGCACGCCUCAAAGCAGAGAAGGAGGAGCUGCUGCGACGCGAUGCGGAGGAUGAGCGCCGACGGCGAGCGAUGUUGGAACGUGAUGUACAACAGUCUGUAGCUCUGCGUCGACAAAAGGAGGAGCGAGAGCGUCAGGAGGCAGAGGCGUGGGCGCGGGAAUUGGAGGAGAGGCGACGGGAAGAGAAGGAGAGGCGCCUCGAGCAUGGGCGUCGCGGAGAGGCACUGCGUAGAGAGGAACAGGCACGGUUGGAGGAGGCGGCAAGGAUAGAGGCAGAGGCGAGGAGGCGGACAGAGAGGAAGCGGGCUCAAGCAAAGGCAGACGCACGAAAGCUAAGGAAGCAGAAGAAGGGAAGCCAUGAACUCAUCUUAGGCGGCUGGCUUACAGUCCAGACGGAUCAGACCCCGGUCUGGAAGAGACGUUACUUCCAGCUGACCCCGAGCAGCCUCAAGCUGUACAAGACAGACGAGGACCUGAGUCAGCCCUUGGAUGAGAUAGACCUUGAUGGCCGGGUGCAGGCAGUGCGUGAAUGGCACGAAGGAUUCGAGGAGCUCGAGGCUAUCCCACAUUCAUUUGCUAUCCUCCUUUCAAACGGCCAAGGGAGCAUGUCGAUGUUCACGAAUACAGAUGAUGAAAAGGACACGUUAAUGGGAUUCCUUUCUUCCUCCAUAUGAUGAUAGACUCGUUGGUGUUUCGGAUUACGCAGCUGAGCAUCCCUUUAUGUGUACGAUGUUUGUUUGUACGGAUAUCUCUUCCCACAGAUCGUGUUCUAGCUUGACUAUACCUUGUUAUGUAUUCAUUUACCUUUGAGUGACUCAGAUCAAUACCGAC